AGAAUUGUUUGGAAAAGAGAAUGUCCUCAUGUGUUGCACCCCGAGGGGGGGGGGGGAUAUUUUCACUUCUCCUUUUAGUAGAAAUGAAUAAAUACUCGAUCGGCUUCUGUUUCUUGAAGAGUCUCCAACAUGGACAAGCUCAUCUCUCUCUUUGUUUUUUCAGCACUCUCACAGAUUGUAGUGUCUCAUGUUCACACUGAGGCAUCUUUCAGAGCCAACAUUGAGUUGGUGUCAGAACAUUCGAGGAUCUUCUCGGGGGAGAGAGCCCGCCUGAGAUGCAGUAUUCCUGAUGUGCACAGGUCUAACUGGACUUACCUGUGGUUCAGGGGGUCUGAGGAGCUCUCACAGACUGGGGAGGAAUUAAAUCUGUGGAAUACCAAAGUUCAAGACAGCGGGAAAUACUACUGCCAAGGAACAAGAAAUACAAAGGUGGGAAAGAUUCGCACCCAGCAAAGUGUCCCUGUGGAGCUCAAGAUGGACGGUGGCUGGGCGAUUCUGCAAGUCCCACGACAUCCUCAACUUGUUGGGAGCACAUUGGAGGUGACAUGUCGUGUCAGAGGGAACCCCCGACUUGAAGAGAUUAUUUUGUACAAAGACGGCGUUGAAGUAAUGAGGCAAAAUGGUCACAAGCCAGAUUUCUACCUGAACAACUUGAGCCUUGAGGACCUAGGAGUAUAUUCUUGCAGGGCUUCUUGGGAUGUGAGUGGACGAACACACUCGGUCACUUCUGCUGGCACUCAUGUACAGAUCUUAGAGGUUCUGUCACAGCCAAUUUUGGAGAUCAUCCCCAACUAUGAUACUCAGCUGAAGAGGAUGAAGCUCACUUGCCAUGUGCAAUACAACGCCCCUGCUCCUGCCCCUCCGAUAGACUUCUAUUUCUACAAAAAUAACAGGCGACUGGGACCUGCAACCACUGACAACUAUAAUGUAGUGAAACAGACUCCGGGGCUGUACAGCUGCAAGGCCAGGGUGCCUCAGUUGGACCUCUCGAAGUCCAGUGAACCCAAAAACUUUGGACUAAGAGUUGCACAGCCUCAGAGGCCAUCUCAUCUCUGACCCAAUGGAACCUGAGAAGAUGCCACCUAUUCAUCCUGGACUCCAAAGGCCAGUAUUUCACCGUGCUUCAGCCACAGACGACUUCCCACCUGCUGCUGCUUCAUUACCAACCUCCCCUAACCUCUCCUCUCACCAGCCCAUCCAGUUCACUCCAGAAAAGAGCACACCAUCACAAGGGCCUCCACUGAAGACUUCACAACCAGUCCCAACCACUUUGCUGACUACAGACCAGGUUUUUAACUCAGCUACAACUCAAGAUCAGGCAAAUCGAGUCAAGGAACCUGGUAACAUGUCUGUGAACACAGAAGAUGUUACACACUGAAGAAAAACAAUGGUUCACAGUGAACCAUCAGUUCUGUGUUACUGACAGCUUCCAUUACAAUAGCUGGCCUGCGUUGCUUUUGGUAAGGGGUUAUGUGUCACAGCCCUGUAAUCAGCCCUUAGUAAACAUAGUAACUGAUAGACAAUAAACCAGUGAACAUACACAACAUAUGAUGUACUGGCUGGUUUACCAAAACAUUUCUUAUUACUUUCACUGAAACCAGCUAAUUGUCUUCUAUCAUAUUUCUGAUGAAACAACACAGUUACAGGCUAAUGCAGGAGAGAAACAUCAUUUAGCUAGCGCACCCACGUUAUUAGCGUUACCCAAGGAUAACCUGAAUUAACUCCCCUUAUUUGGUCACGUUACUUUAAAUAAGUAUCAAUUUUAUAUAAAUCUAUAUACUGCUCGUCUACCGCUCUCACCUGAAACGCAGCAAAACAGCAGUUCUGUGUUACUGACGGUGCUACUAUUAUAAGGGAUUACUUUGUCAGUCACUCAUUUGUCUGAGCCGCCACUGCCACCUACUGGCGAAACUAAAUAUGGCCUUAGCAUCAAAUCAGUUGGGAGCAAAUGAGCUUUUCACUCUGUGCUAUGAUGUCAACUAUUGUCACAACAAAAGCAAAAAAAAAGUGAUUCGGGGGGCACAUUAAAAGAAGUUCAUCAAAUUCUGAGACUUUUUUUAACACUUAAAAUACUCAGGGUGCCACACAGCCUCUCUAUGACAACGUAGCAUACAUUACAAACCAAAUCCCUCUACUAAUCACGCUGGGUCAUUGUAACAGUUCUGUAUUGACCUGUGCAAUUUUCAUCUUUUUGAACUAUUUCCAGUUAACAAACAUCAAACGCUGUACCAGAAUUGUUGGAAAUAUCUAACACAUACAUGUUAAAAUCAAAUAAAGUAUUUCACAAAA